CGAAGGUGAUAAAAGCCACCGAAAGGAUCAGGUGUCUUCUGUAGUUCGUCAUUUUUAUCCGUGAAACGUGCUGAGCCAAUACAAGACACCAUUUAAACAAGAUAAUGGGGUACAUCGUGCAGAUAUCUUUUCUGGUUGUUGCUAUUUUCAUAGCGAGCACGUGCAAUGGACAAUUCCAACGGCAGACUUUCAAUCAGAACACCGGGGGUCGAGUCAAUCAGAAUAGCGCCAACCGAUUCAACCAGAAUACCCAGAAUCGGGUCAAUCAGCGGCAAUUUGGUCAGAAUAAUCAGAUUGAUCAGGGUGUGAGACAAUCCAAGGUGUCUUGUCCGGAGAAAACUGGACGAUUUCCAGUUCCAUCGCAGUGUGAUGCGUAUAUUGAGUGCAUUGAUGGAGUUGGCGAGGAGAAGUUGUGUCCGGAGGGUCUCAUGUUCAAUCCAGAUGCCAGAUUCAAUUAUCCCUGCGGAUAUCCCAUCGAUGUCAGCUGCGAAGGCCGUUCCAAGCUUCAACCAGCAGAUCCGACCGACGAUUGUCCUCACCAAUACGGCUAUUUUAAAAUCGGCGAUAGUCAAAAUUGCGGCCAAUUCAAGAACUGCGCAGCAGGUGUUGGCUACACAUUUGAUUGCCCAGAAGGUCUGGCCUUUAACCCAAUCUCUUAUCGUUGCGACUGGCCAGAUCAGGUGCCAGACUGCGACGCCGAAGCCUUCCUGGGAUUCCGGUGCCCCCCAGGUGAUAACAACCAAUACUCCGGCGAGACAAGAUUCUUCAGAAGUCCAAACGACUGUCAGCGAUAUUUCGUUUGCGUCGAGGGUCGCCCGAGACUUCAAAAUUGCGGCGAGGGAAAUGCCUUCAGUGAAUUGAUAAACGCAUGUGAUGCAGCCGAGAAUGUAACCGGAUGUGAGCCACCAUUCCGCCGUGAUAAUCAUCAGACAGGCCCUCAACAUAGCAAUCAGCACUUGAGAUCUCGAUUCUUCUGAUUGGCCACAGCCAUAAAGCCGCGGAAGCCCUUCGGCCUCUUUGGACUAUUCAAUCCUUAAUUGCUUAUCAACUAUUUGUAAAUAAUUACCUGACAUUAAACAUCAAUGAUGGGAAAUCCGA